GUUUGUACACGGGGUCAUCACGUGAUUCCUCUAAAAUUUUCUCAAGAAUGGCGGAUAAAAUUUAGUGAAAGAAAUAUAGAAUAAGUGUGCACGGAGAGAAAGUUUGCUGGAGAGAAACCUAUUUUGCUGUGAAAUAUUCCUUACAAUGACAAGUGAAGAUAUAAAAAGAGAGUCAGAUAAAGAUGACACUUCGUCCAUUCCAGCAUUUGCUGUCAGUGGUCAAUUUAUGAUGACUUCAGAAGAAAAAGCGAUUCCUUCUGAAGAGUUUAAUCCUCGGAAAAUAGUUGCUUUAACACUUGAUGAUUCAUUAGCGAGACUCUUUGAAUGCCUCACUCUUGAAUAUAGUGGCAGCAUUCUCCUCACACCUAAGUGGAAAAAUUUUCGAACAAAACUAAAGUUUGCUGAGAAAACACGUAUCAAUAAUGCAAUUUGGAGAUCGUGGCAUAUUCAAUUUAAGGAAGGAAAGCGACCAUUGUUUUGCCAGUUUGACAAUCCUUUGGCAGAAAUGGCCAAGAAACCAAGACCAGUGACAUUAAUGAUAGAGGGAAAAUAUUGGAAAAGAAAAUUAGAAGCUGUUGCAACAGAGUACCAAAAGUGGAGAGUGUUUUAUAAGCAAAUGGUGGAAGAUAAAUUUCAAGAUGUUGAGUUGCAGCAUCAAACAGAAGAGAUCUUACGUCUUGAUCAAGAAAUCUCUGAUAGCUUGAGAGAACGUGAAAAUAAAAGAAAAUAUUCUCUUGCAAAUCAAAAACAGCAGGAUGGUGGAGAUAUGGCAUCACCAAUUUCUCAUGUUGUGUCACAAGCCAUGGAAAUGGUGGAUUCUUGUAACUUAAUGGAAAAUAUGGUCUUCACAUUACCCGACACUUUAUUUUCUAGUCUUACAAAUAAUCAGGUUCCUGGUAAAGUUCGGUCAGAUACAGCAGACAUGGUGCAACCAACACUGGAUACACUCCAGCCAAGUUUAGAGGCAAUGACUCCAGUUUUGGAUGAACUAAUUGAACAACUAGAAGCCUCAAUGAAAGGCUCUGAACUCAGUUGGGAUUUUGAAACAUUGGAGAGAAAUUACAACGCAAUGGGUAUAGUUCAGUCAUCCAAUACACCUGUAGUUGAGCCUAUGGACCAUUCUGGUCAGUACAAUCAUUUUGAAACUGUUGGAAUGACUAUGACAACAUCAAGUCCAAUUAAGACCAGUUGGCCUAACCAAAAUAUACAACAUUCUCUGUAUCGUGGCAAUUCAAUUGAAAGUCAGUUACCUAUAUGGACAUCAGCACCAAUUGUACAUCCCAAUUUUAUUGGUUAUCAGACUGUCAAAAUGCAAGGUAGUCAAAACGAAACGACAGAACAGAACGUCACAAGACGUAGUCAAAUACAAGCAACGUCUAUUAUGGAUGUUGGUGUAUCCAACUCACCUAUCACUUCACGUCCUUAUCUACCCCCUACUGGUAUUGGUAGACGCUUGCAACCCAUUGCCUCUGUAGUUGAAACACCAACUUCCAGAAUACCACGCAACUCAUCCGACUCUCAACUUUAUCUUCUUGCUGCUGGUGAAAAUUCGUCGAGGUCACAUCUUCCUGUUGAGCUCCAGGCUCCUAAUCUCGUUGCGCAAUUAAAACUAAAUAAACCACGGCAAAUGUUGAUUGAAGAGAAAGCAAAAAAAAUCCGUCUUCCUCGCAAUAAAUCUGCUCCAGGACUUGCUAGUCUCGACUCAACCUCAUCCUUAAGGAAGGUACCCCAAGUUGGUGGAGUGAGAACGAAAAGACUGGGACGUAUUCCUCGUAACCGUUCAGACUCCGCUUUAGCGUCUUUGCUACGACAAUCCGAGUCACUGCCGAAUAGAUCACGACGUGACUCCGAAUCUAGUGACACACCUCCAACCAUGGAGGUGACUUCAUCUGAAACAGCAAGAAGGCUUGAACAGACUGUGCAAGGUUUUCCAAAACAUCAGAUUUACAAUCGAGGUGGUCAGAAUGAAUCAUCGCAACCUCCAUCACAACUUGUGCAAGAAAUGGUUAGUCAUCUUGUUAACAAAGGAAUAUCAAUGGAAGACAUAUUGAAUAAACUCACUAGUAUGGCUGCUUCCGGAACUGUACCGCAGGCUCAAGCUAUAUCAAGUCAGAUUAAUUCAGCUGCUAGUGAUAUGGCAACUUUACUGCAGGAACAUCAGUUACAAUCUACUUCUAUUUCUAAACCUCCACCUCAUUCAACAGUUUUACCUUCGCGGAAUCGUCGUAAGGCGCAGGUUCCUAGACCUAAUGUCAAAGCAGAAACUUCAAAUGAAUGUGAGAAACGUACCUCAACCUCGAACAAUUUCAUCGUCCAAAACUUGUUGGCACAAAACAAAACUUCAUCGUCAGAUUAUCGUGCUGCAAAUGUUGAAUCUCCCAGCACUAGUAUGUCAAAUCCCCGAUGGGGGAAUGAGUCCAUUACUAUGACCCAUGGUUUGGCUGCACGUACUCUCGCGCAGAUGGCAGAACCGCUGAGCUUGCAAAAUAAGGGCUCGUAUCAAUUUCCAAUGGAUAUUUCCGACUCUAAUAUUAGUCGAAGUGCUUUGAAGGAUACCGGUUUGGGCCGAGUGGAUACAAGUAGUCCUGGAGGCGACUAUCUUCCUUCUAUGGUUAUAAACCAAAGCUCUAUCUUAAAUAUUCAUAGUGAAGGUCAGGCUUCAACCUCAAAGACAAUAACAAGCAACAAAAGAGAAGGUCCUUCAACUCCCUUAAAUCUCACCAAUAUAGAAGCAACUUCACAGAAUCGUAGUGGUGCUUUGACUCGGACAAUACCCAAAGAAGAAUACAAGGAACAUCGUCGGAUGGUACAUGUUUCCGCUGAGCAAAAACGCAGAGGGCACAUAAAGAUGGGCUUCGAUCAGUUGGUUGAUCUUGUUCCAGCUCUUGCUUCACAAGGAAGUGCAAAAAUUAGCAAGGCGUCCAUUUUACGUAAAUCCGUGGAUUUUAUUUUGCAAGUGCAACAAGAACAAGAAUUUAUGAGAAAAGAACGAGAUAGUCUUCGUCAAAACAUUGACCAACUGAACAUUGAGAUAAGUCAUUGUCAACAGCAAUUACCAGAAAAUGGUGUGUUGGUAAACAGACAGGAUAAAAACGAAAUGGAUACGUUGUUUAAUCGUUAUGUCAAAGAAAGAACUGAGGAGAAUCCCAAAUUUUGGAUUUUUAGCGUUUUAAUGCGUCCGUUAUUUAAUGACUACAGCUCUAUAGUUUCUACUGGAAGUCAGGAAGACUUUUACAGAACUGUGUUGAAUUGGAUGAAUGAAAGUUGUUCUUUACCAAAAUUGAGACCAAGUGUUCUUGCUUCCCUGCGUGAGCUUAUCAAAAACACUAGUAUUCUUUCCGAUCCUUCAAAAUUUCCCGAGCAGGCCCGACUUGCAGCAAACACUUUGUGCUCCCAAACACAUUAUAGCGAAAACUACGAAAUGCCUAGGUAACAAUGGAAGUGUUCUCGUGUCCUGUAUUAUAGCUCUAUUUACCAUCUGGUUGAUAAGGGUCACUAAGAUGAAGACUGAAAGUAACAGUCUAACAGUCUCUUCAAUAUAAUGUAUGUUGGUCAAAUUGUGGAAAUUAGGUAUUUGAAGUUUUUGCAAAUGAGUCGUUUCAAUUAUACAAUCAUUAUUGAAUGUCAUUUUUCAAAAUAUAUUGAGAAUUAUUUAUCAUCCAUAAAA